AUAGUGUUGGUUUUUCUUAUUCCAUAUAAAAUGCCUUACUUUACACACCCCGUAGGAAAUGAAAACUAUCAUUGAUCUUAAAUUUCAUUAAGGUAAUUAGAAUGAUGUGGCGGCCUAGAGGGGAAGACGCUCGCCUCCCACUCGGGAGGUUGAGAGUUCAAUCCCAGGCAGCAACAGAUGUUUCUCUAUCAAGGCACAAAGAAAAAAUAUCUGUUGAGAACUCCACGUAGGCAUCAGGGAGGGCAUCCGGCCAGUAAACGUUCAGCUCCAUUCAGUUCCCCCCACCCCACCCCAAUAAAAAGGGAUUACAGGGACACGAAAAAAUAAAUGAUCUGGUGAAUAUGAUUGAGUAAACAAAAAAGUACUGUGGGAAAUGAACUCUGUGCAAAGUCCUCUCAAUCCCAUCUCUGAGAAUUUCAGAAAGAGUCUCUCUCUCUCUCCAUUAUUUUCAUGGAUCUUUUUAUGAUUUACUUGAGGAGCCUCCCAGGUGUUGAGGUCAGCGAGUGGUCUAUAUUUCCCAAAUUCUCCUCCUCUUUUUUGCCCUACUUUCAAGCAGAAACAAUUAUCCUCCUUCCCUGGCUGGUUCUUGGGGAAUCCUGGGAGUUGAAGUCCACAGGCUGGAGACCCCUGUCCCAACCUUCCCAGCGACAGGCUGUGCACAGCCAUUUGGAGGCACCCGCUGGAGCCGCCAUCCUUUGCCACAACUGUGGGAGCCCGUGCAAAGGAGAAGUGCUGCGAGUGCAGAAGAAGUAUUUCCACAUUAAGUGUUUCGUUUGCAAAGCGUGCGGCUGUGACUUGGCCCAGGGGGGCUUCUUUGUCCGACAAGGGGAUUACGUCUGCACGUCGGACUACCAGCGGCUCUACGGCACUCGGUGCUUCAGCUGUGAUGGGUUCAUUGAGGGCGAGGUGGUCUCUGCCCUGGGGAAGACCUACCACCCAAACUGCUUCGUGUGCGUCCUCUGCAGGCAGCCGUUUCCUCCCGGGGACCGUGUGACUUUCAAUGGCAAGGAGUGUGUCUGCCAGAAAUGCUUUCUGCCCCCGGCUGGGGCCAGUUUUCCCGUCCUCCGAAAUUGCGGGAACUGUGGCUCCGAAAUCAAGAACGGCCAGUCUUUGGUGGCCUUGGGCAAGCACUGGCACCUGACCUGCUUUAAGUGCAGGAUUUGUGGGAAACUUCUCACUGGGGAAUAUAUCAGCAGGGAUGGCGUUCCAUAUUGCGAAAGAGACUAUCAUGCUACAUUUGGGAUCCAGUGCGACCGUUGUGGGAAGUUUAUCACUGGGAGAGUUUUGGAGGCUGGAGAAAAGCAUUACCACCCGACCUGUGCCUCCUGUGAUAAGUGCAAGCAGAUGUUCGCUGAAGGAGAAGAGAUGUAUCUCCAAGGGUCGUCCAUUUGGCACCCAGCUUGUCGACAGGCAGCCAAAGUUGAAGAAAAGGCCAAGUUGCAGGAAACCCGAACAUCGUCUGAAAGCAUAAUUUCCGUACCCCCUUCAAGUACAUCAUGCUCCCCAAGCCGAAUAAUUUACGCCAAACUGGGGGAGGAAAUCCUUGACUACCGAGACUUGGCUGCUCUCCCUAAGAACAAGGCCAUCUACAACAUUGACCGUCCGGACAUGAUCUCCUACUCCCCCUACAUCAGCCACUCCACCAACGACCGGCGCAGCUAUGCCGAGGGAGACCAAGAGGAGCAGCCCCUCAAGCCCUGCCGGAUUUCGAGCCCCAGUUCCACCAGCUCGCUGGGCUACGGGCGCACCACGCCUCUUUGCACUUCGCCUCCGAAUUUCAGCCGGGCAGCUGGUACCCAGACUCCUGGUACCAGUAGCUGCAUCUCCCUGCCCAACUGCCCAAGCCUUCCCUCUGCACUCAGGCAUCAUUACGUCCCCUUCUUCAAAGGCAGUGAAAGUGGCCGGAGCACCCCCAGCUUAUCCCUCUGCUCAGACGGCAAAUCCGCGUCCUCCUCUCUCUAUCAGCAGGCUCCCAAACAUUUUCAUAUUCCAGAGGCUGGAAUAAAAGAUAACAUCUAUAGGAAACCCCCCAUCUACCGACAGCAUGGCUCAAGAAAAUCCGAUGGAGACGGGAGUUCUGAUCAAGACAGCCAGAAGCUAAAGUCCAGCUGGCUGACUUUGAAAGGGGAGGUGGACUUUCGGACUAACUCUCCUGAUUUGGAUACUCAGUCGCUGCCUCAGAGUCCUGGGACGGACCGACAGCUUCAGCGGCUGCAGAGCAGCACAAACUGCACCUUCCUGCGAUUCCCGUAUUCCAAAUCGGCUUCUCUUCCCGACUACGGAAGGCAAGGGCUGCAGCACGCUGCAGCUGUGGGCCCAGAGGACCCGGAGGCCUCCUGGGGAAAGAGAGAAUACAAGGUCUACCCGUAUGAAACCCUUCUUGUCACCAACAGAGUUCGGGUAAAACUACCAAAGGAUGUGGACAGAACCAGGCUGGAGCACCACCUGUCCUCCCAGGAGUUUCAGGAGGUCUUCAAAAUGAGCCUUGAACAGUUUGAGCGACUUGCACUUUGGAAACGCAACGAGCUAAAGAAAAAAGUUUUGCUUUUUUAGCCUUCCUGGAAGGAAGGGAAACGUGCUUGACCUAAGCCAGCCGCCUCCCCCCUUCCACCGCCCCCCCCCCCGUGUCCACCUGCAGCUGACCUCAUAUCGCUUCACUGCACCUGGGCAGGAAAAGAGACCCAACGGGAGGCCCCGCCCAGGUCAUUAAAGGGUGUAACCAAUCUCGCUUCCAGUUAUUGCUUCAUUUGUUGCUUCUUGCAAAGACGGAACCAAACCCGGUAAUAAUCUCGGAUAGGAAACAACCGACCUUUUGACCAAAGCAAAAUUCUCGGCUCCUGUUUGGCCUCCACAUUUUUGGACAUGUCUCCACAAUCAGAGUUGGUGGAAGAGGGAGGGGGGAUUUCCCCCAGGAGCAAAAUAAAAUAAAGCCAAUGCGAAAAAGGUCAAAGGAAAGCAUGUUAGAAGCUCACUCUUGCCGACGAUCAUGUGUGACACUUUUUAAAAAUAAAAUAAGAGCAAAGCUACA